GCGCUUGGCCUUUAGCGCGCAAAAAUUUCAAACAUCUUCUGCCGGGUUUUAAGAGGCAGCCAAGUUUGGUGUUCAGGAAACGUGCGUCACGUUGACCCGAUGAUUUCAAGUGCACAGCCCCACAGCCUUCGAGAUUUUGCAGUCAAAACUCCACAUACUUGUAUGUCUUCCUUUCUUUCCGUUUCUAUACUGGCUCUGAACGCUGAGGGGUUUCAGCGAAUCAAGUGAACAGACAGGAGUGGGACAGCCCGUCACGGUUUUAAAAAUGAGUGAUGAAGUUUUCGUUGUUUGAAAAGAUGACUCUGGGAGCGACACAAAAAGAGAUAAACGUGAGGGGCCAAAGAAUUUUUUUUUUUUCCUUCAGCAGACCAGGAGAGGACUGUGAAUGUGAACUAAGGACCCAUGGGACAGCUGCACAAGCAUUGGAUUUUGCUCUGCAGCAUCUUCAAGGAAGCCUGCUGUAAGCCAAGGGGAAGACAGAAGACAGCUAUGAAUAUGUUCCCAAGCUUUCCUGGUGGUUUAUGGCAUUCUCCAAACUCCUAUGUAAGGACUGCACCUCAACAAGAAGACCCAAGGAGAUCGUCCAUGAGAUUAAGUCCAGAUGAAGCUGACUAGAGAUUGAAUCAUCUUGCCUGGCUAAAACGGAUCCUCACUGAAAUCCGUAUUAAUCCUGAAUCACCUCAGUAGUCACAUUCUGUACUUCCAGAUAACCCAGGUUACACAGAGCAAGAAGGAGAAGCAGAGAGAGAGGUCUUCCAUCCAAUGGUUUACUCCCCAAAUGGCCACAAAGGCAAGAGCUACGCCGAUCCGAAGACAGGAGCCAGGAGCUUCUUCCAGGUCUUCCAUAACUAAGAGGGAAAAAAUGAAUAUGGUUUUUGCUCACAGAAUGGACAACAGCAAGCCAGCUUUGGUUACCCCUACCCUUCUGGUGCCCCUCCACAAUCACAGCUGCACCGAAACAGCCGCACCUCUGCCAAGCCACAGCCUGACCGAAUUACACGAGGAGCACAAUGGGAUGAGCAACAGAACAGACCUUCAAUACGGACUGAAACCUGGGGAAGUGGCCACAGCCAGCAUUUUCUUUGGGACUCUGUGGUUGUUUUCUAUCUUUGGCAAUUCCCUGGUUUGUUUGGUAAUCCAUAGGAGUAGAAGGACUCAGUCUACCACGAACUACUUUGUGGUCUCCCUGGCAUGCGCUGAUCUUCUCAUCAGCAUCGCCAGCACACCAUUCAUCGUGCUCCAGCUCGCCGCUGGCCGGUGGACACUUGGCAGUGCUAUGUGCAAAGCUGUGCGGUAUUUCCAGUAUCUCACUCCAGGCGUCCAGAUCUAUGUGCUCCUCUCUAUCUGCAUAGACCGGUUCUACACCAUUGUCUAUCCUCUGAGCUUCAAGGUGACCAGAGAAAAAGCCAAGAAAAUGAUUGCAGCAUCUUGGAUCUUUGAUGCAGCCUUUGUGACCCCCGUGUUCUUCCUCUACGGCUCUAACUGGGACAGUCAUUGUAACUAUUUCCUCCCUUCCUCUUGGGAAGGAACCGCCUAUACUGUCAUCCACUUCUUAGUAGGCUUUGUGAUUCCAUCUGUCCUCAUAAUCUUAUUUUACCAAAAGGUCAUAAAGUAUAUUUGGAGAAUAGGCACUGAUGGCCGAACAGUGAGGAGGACAAUGAAUAUUGUCCCAAGGACAAAAGUGAAAACUAUCAAAAUGUUCCUCAUUUUAAAUCUAUUGUUUUUACUCUCCUGGCUGCCUUUUCAUGUAGCUCAGCUGUGGCACCCCCACGAACAGGACUAUAAGAAAAGUUCCCUUGUUUUCACAGCUGUCACAUGGAUCUCCUUUAGUUCUUCAGCCUCCAAGCCUACUCUGUAUUCAAUUUAUAAUGCCAAUUUUAGGCGAGGGAUGAAAGAGACUUUUUGCAUGUCCUCGAUGAAAUGUUACCGAAGCAAUGCCUAUACGAUCACAACAAGUUCAAGGAUAGCAAAAAAAAACUAUGUAGGCAUUUCAGAAAUCCCUCCCAUGGCUAAAACUAUAACCAAAGACUCAAUCUAUGAUUCAUUUGACAGAGAAGCCAAGGAAAAAAAGCUUGCUUGGCCCAUUAACUCAAACCCACCAAAUACUUUUGUUUAAUUUCUCAGAAUUCUUUCAAUUAUUGUUAUGCACCAGAGAUUAAAAAGCUUUAACUAUAAAAACA